AUGUUAGCUGAGCUUAAUUUGCAUUUACAAGGAAAAGACCAGUUAUGUUGUUCAAUGUUUGAGCGAAUAACAAGCUUUCCUAAGAAAUUAGAACUUUACAUAAUACACUUGAAGGGUGGAGAAAUUGUACAUUUUCAGAAUUUAUCUGAAAGACAAGAAGAAGUUCCUGUGAACUUUGAAAAAUACACUAAAUUAUGUGAAGCUUUGUUAGAUGCUAGAACCAGAUUUUCUAACUCCAGAAACAUAGAAACUGAACUGAAAUUGUUGAGUGAUCCAUUUUCAUUUAUUUAUGUGGAAGCACCAGCCAAAUACCAGCUAGAACUCAUUGAAGAUCAAAGUAGAGAAUCUUUGAAAAUUUAUCUUGACUUUUACAAGAAAUUGCAUUCUUUCAAUGAACUUUAUCAAAUUGCCAAUUUAGCUAGAAAACUAUUGUGCACGUGGAAUAGUACAUACUGCUGUGAACAAUUCUUUUCGAGUAUGGAAAACAUCAAAACUGCUAAAAGAAAUAAGCUGAGUGAUUGCCAUUUAACUAACAUUCUUAGAGUAAAGAAUAGUACCACAAAAAGCAGAUAUUGA